AUGUUCUACUCAGGGCUCCUGACCGAGGGCGGCGGCCGCAAGGAGCCGGAGCUGCGGGAGGCCGCGUCGCUGCGGCAGCAGCGCCGGAUGAAGCAGGCCGUGCAGUUCAUCCACAAGGACUCGGCCGACCUCCUGCCCCUGGACGGCCUCAGGAAGCUGGGCUCGUCCAAGGACACGCAACCGCAUAACAUUCUGCAGAGGCGCCUCAUGGAGACCAACCUGUCUAAGCUCCGGAGCGGUCGUGUCCCGUGGACCUCCAAGACCAACAAACUCAAUCAGGCUAAGUCUGAGGGACUGAAGAAGUCUGAGGAUGAUGGGAUGAUUUUGGUUUCUUGCCAGUGUGCUGGAAAGGAUGUGAAAGCCCUGAUUGACACAGGUUGCCAAUAUAAUCUCAUCUCUUCAGCCUGUGUGUAUAGACUGGGACUCAAGGAGCAUGUCAAAUCUCACAAGCAUGAAGGAGAGAAGCUUUCUCUACCCCGGCAUCUGAAAGUAGUGGGGCAGAUUGAGCACCUAGUGAUCACACUGGGCUCCCUUUGCCUGGACUGCCCUGCAGCGGUGGUUGAGGACAAUGAGAAGAACUUAUCCCUUGGUCUCCAGACUCUGCGAUCUUUGAAGUGCAUCAUAAACUUGGAUAAGCACCAGCUGAUUAUGGGGAAAACAGACAAAGAAGAAAUCCCUUUUGUGGAGACAGUUUCUUUGAAUGAAGACAACACUUCAGAAGCAUAA